CCUCUCACGCUCGGCUCUCUGAUUGCUUUUAUAUGCUGGAAGCAGCGCACGAAUCAACUCAGUCGAUGACAGUCGGCCAGGCACGCAAGUCGCUUCAGCCAGCGCUUCAGCAGUAGCAGCAGCAGCAUUAACAGCAGCAGCAUUAACAGCAGCCGUUAAAGUCACCGUUCAAGUCGUGUCGUUUGACAAGCUUUAUCAGCAGCUUAACCGUUACUUUUGGCUCGUGUUUCGCAAGCGUCGCUUUGAAACGGCAAAUAUUGCUUAAAGUCGCGCGUCGCCAUUUUUUAAACGCUUUUGUGCUUUUUAUGUUGCAUAUUUAAAUUUACAUUUCUUACGCAUUUUUCUUUUCUCUGCUCGAUUCGCGUUCUUCCUUUGGCAACUAUUUCCCGCGCGCAUUAACGACGAUAAGAUUGAGAACAAGAGCUUCAAAAGUACAAUAAAUUAAUACAGGACAUUGUGUACAAAGGUUUCGCGUCUACAAAGCGUAAAUAUAUAUAAAAACAAUUAACUGGGAAUAGAGGCAACAAAUUGCCUGAACGCUUGAAUCCAGCACAGGACAACAGGCUUUCGUUGAGGCAGACGUUUGCCAUUUAGACGCCCGAAUGAGUAACAGCGCCAUGGUGGCCGUGGCCAUUUGCUGCAUCUUGGUGCUGCUGGCGGUAUUCAUUGUGAUCAUCAUAGUGGUUGGGCAGCAGUUCGAGGAGCCCAAGUGAGACAUGCUCCAGCUGGGACCUGGCAACUUCCCAGAUGGAUAACAGAGACCUCCAAAUUGUUAGUUGCGGUCAACACAAUUGCCGGGGCAGAUACCAGCGCCAACCACAACAACAAUACCAAUAAACAAAACAGCAUGAAGAUGAAGAUCAAGUUGAAUCAGUUUACCGCCGUCGCCGAACGAUGCCAGAAUCAUCACACGAAUCACACCUACAAUCCAAUGUCACCCAACAUGAAGAGAUACAGAAAAGGGAAAGACAGAGAGAGAGAGAGAGAGAGAGAGAGAGAGUGCGACAGCGAUUUUAAAUGAAAGAGAAAGCAUCCCAUCGUCAGUACCCAUUGGCUGUGAUGUGAAAUUAUUAGAAAUAUGUGGAAUAAAAAAUUAUUAAAAUUUUGAUCAUUCCUCACGCCGAAACACAUCUAUAAGUAGCUGUUAACCUUGUGUGUCUGUUAAAUGUUAUUAUGAACAAGCAAGAAUAUAAAACCUAUAUACCCAUAUACAUUAUAUGUAUAUAUAUGUAUAUAUAUAUAUACUAGUGUGUAACCCAACCCCGUCGUAACAUCGCGAUUUUAUACAAGUGUUGUUAUCAAAUUUUUAUUGAUGUUUUAUUGAUGUUGCAUACAACUUAUAUACACAUAGACACACACACACACACACACACACACACACAAGCAGACAAGCGAAAUAAAUUUACAUUAACUUUAAAGUCUCAAUUGACAACCAAGCCAAAGUCCAAGCACGCAACAUGUGGCCAGGCUGUUUAAAACGGCAGCGCGGCUUAAAACGCGCGUAUUUCGACGCGCCACAGACAAAGACGCAGGAAAAGGAACGGAUAUUGCAACCAAGGAGCUCAAGAAGUCGGCUAAGACCUGACGUUGCUCUAGGAAACUCGAAAAAAAAAACAAACAUGAUUGAAAUAUUUUUGAGAAACGGAUAUGGGUAUCUAAGCAUCGCACUUGUUAAAAGCAGCAAAAA